AUAAAAAGAGAAAUAUGUGUUCUAAAACAAUCAAAUCCUACUCCAACGAAUAGAGACCUUGCUAUUCGUUUUAAAAUUCGUGAAAAUACUGUUUGUGACAUAUUAAAACGAAAGUCAGAAUAUCUUGCUAUUAAUCCAGAAGAUCCCAAUUCACAUAAUAAACAUUUACGCAAAGGAAAAUAUUCAGAGGAAGAAAUAGAAACUCCUGUAGUUACUUUAACUGAAGCAUUGAGAGGUACUGAAGCACUUCUUAAUUUUGUAACUUACCCACCAGAAAAAUUUGAAAUUUCAACAAAGCAAAUUUCUAGUAUUUGUUCUGUUAGAA